GUUGGUGAUCGUUCAACCAACCACCUAUCAUAACAACAAGAAAACCUGAACCAGUUCGACAACUCUCAAAGUCCGACAUACUACCCAUAAACGAGUCCAAGACAAAUCUUAGCCGCUGCUUGCACCUGUCCUCCAGAUUUACAGUUUAAGGGCAUUCGGUCACUCAUGCUGACUGCUCGCGCAGCCGCCGAGCUUUACUGACAUGGCUGCGAAAGGCGCGCGAGAGCAGCGUCCGCAAUCGAUUCGAAGCCGACGACGCGAAGGCAUAAGCUCUCCAACUAAUCAGAUACACCAGGAAAUAGCGGGUAUAGGCCAGCACUCUUAUAGAGAGAUGGAUGCUAAUGCUUGAGUUUUAGCUGCAACGGACCAUCUGAAUCCAACUAUUGAUCCACUCGCGCGCAAAGGGAAAUCACUUAAGGAAUCGUCCAAUAUUCUGAAGCGAUCGAGUUCUAAGCGACAACAAUUAAAGGGUGGUAGCGACGGCGAAAUCUCGCCUCAGACAGUACCUGUUGAAGGCAGUAUUCCGGAAGAGGAGCUGUUAAACAGUGUAAUGAGGGUGACGAGGAAGCUCCGGAGUGCUAGCGUGGAUAGUACCAAAGCGAGGGAAACGAGAGCUAGAUUGGCCAGCGAAGUCACCCACCCCGGACAGCAGAGAAAAGGAAGUAAAUGGAAAGCAUCAGAUGAUGGAAUUCUUUUAAUUAUGGCAAAAAAUGGAGCAAAAUGGAGCGAGAUACGCACUAGCUUAUCGCGAUUCUCAAUACGGGAACUCAAAGACCGGCUGAAUCAUCUGGAACAGCACGUACGUUCACGACCAGGCAGUAGGUGGUCUCCAGAGGAAGACUACAUCCUGCUCAGCAUGCGGACAGCUCAUGCAGACUGGAGUGAUGUCCAUGCCAUACUUCUGCAUCGAACGGAGAAGUCUAUCGAGCAGCGUUAUCGUGAUCUGACUACAGGUGCAACGAAGAGAAAAGCGCUUGAAGAUCAUGUAGACGAACUACCGAGAAAGAAAAUAAAGGAUUCAGCGGCUAGCAAGACACAACAAGUAGCGGCUCGUAAUUUCGACGUAGCACAUGACUUUACCACUUCUGGUCGCUUGCGGAACAGUCAAGUAAGGAAUGAAAUAGGGAGUAUGAUCCGAGAAAAAUUCAUGCCAAAGAGAGUUACCAUAUUUGCCAAACAUGCCAGAACUCCCCGUGGACAGGCGGCACUUGUUCCCGCACAGCAGAAUGCCAAGGGUAUCCAUGAGCCACAAGAUACCAGUGAAGACUGGGCUGUUCCGGACAAUGAUGAAGAUCAGCCAACAUCGAUUCAUGGUGAUGGCAGUUUUGGAAGUUCAAGUCCUUAUCAAAGCGAACAAGUCUCAGAUGCUUUCGAAGACGAUAGAAAAACCGACUGUGAGAUAGUCAUACCGAAAGAAGCAGCUGACUUGUUUGGGCAAACAGAGCCACUUAUCAAAAUUCUUAAAGCUGCUAAGGAGCACAUGUCGCAAACCUUCAAAGGUGAUUUCAUAAGUCGUAGCAAACGGGAGCUCCCAGAAGUGCAGGCUGUUCGAUUUAACAAACAAAAGAUUAUAGAUCUUUAUAAUAGCUUGGCCACGUCAACGGAACCCGGAAGAGUCCGAAUAGACAUCGAAAGUGCUCUGGAGGAGCUUGAAAACCAAGUCAGUCACUUUGAGCUUCGCUCUCCUGAAAACUUCGGCACAAUGGUCCAACUAGCACGCCAAGUCAACAUACUCAUGUUUAUUGAUCUACUGUGUGUGCUCAGCACCGCUCUAAACUUAUACGCCAAGACUAAGUUCCAUGAAUACGAAGACCAGAUUUGGCAGCUUCACUGCUGCAUACGAAUUUGCCGGAUUAUCGUCAAUUUGUACACGAAGUCCCGUUCCAACGAAUGGAAGUCAAUUAAAAUAAGCGGCAUCAAAAACAUUCGAAACUCUAUGCUAGCGCCUCUUGUCAAAGUGUUAAAGAGUUUCCAGAACGAAAUGAAAAGGCUGCAGUCCUUGCGUAUGCAAUUGGACAUGGCUGCGAGUCAGAAGCAGAAUGCAACCGAAGAUGAGGACGAGAGAUGCCUUGGAAGUGAGUAUGAUGCAAAGUAUCGUCGCCUUACGAGAUUGUUCCUACUUCGUGCCAAAGUUGCAAGAGUGCGCAAUAUCGCGCACAGCAAAUACAGCAUACAUUUGAAGAGUUACACCGAAUGGCGAGAGGAUCGCGAACCGUACAAUCAAGCACCAGAGCUUGACGCAAAUGGCGAACCGAUGGAACGACUGCCGAUCUUUGUUGAACGACCGGCAGGUCGGCGUCCACCACGGUUGGCUACGUCGCACGACGAGGGAAGGACUUGGACAGGAGCUGAAACAAUUGCGCUGUUAAAAGGCUUGAGAAAGUAUUAUGGACCCAGGGUCUUUGACAACAUCUUCUUGCAUUUUUGCCAACCUGGAAAAGUUCUAAGUGAUCGAACCGUGCCGCAGAUUCUUCGGCAAACUGCGGCUGUUCGAGAAGGGUAUUUAGAGCAAGCAGAACGAGAGUGCCAAGACAUGAGUCAGUGCCCUACAUGGUUGAUGGACAUUCAUGACCUAGAUCUUCUUGACUUGCUCUGACAGCUUUGAUCAAAUCACUUACUUCUUCAUCUGGGCCUCUUUUCGUGCUCGUUUAUCAAGCUUCGCUCACGAUACCGCUGAGAAGCUUUUCUCAACUCUCAAAUGUUUCAUUGUUGUCACUGCAUUGGCUCGUCAUGAAUUGGACAACGAAGAUUUUGAAUAUGUAAGCUAGCCACUAGUAUUGGCGGAAUUUAUCGACGAUUUGACGCUGCAAAAAUCAACCAAUCUUAACGCC